AGCCAAGCACUGCAUGCAGGAAAUUUGUUAACGAAGAACAAUAAAUAAAACCAUGGAUUUGCAGAAUUUUUAAAAAAAAUAUUUAGUUAGUUGGCUCUCAUUGUCUCUUAGUACUUGACUCACCACUUUCCACACUGUCCCUCAUGUUAGCUCAGAAAUUCCAGUCUUUUCAGAUCUUUGAAUCAAAGCUGGGUGCUAUUACAGAGCAAUCAUUAUCACAAUAACACUGUACGUAAGUAAAAUCCUUCCUUGUCAUCCCAGUGCACCAAACCAAGAUCCUUAUUCUCUCUUUAGCUACUAACUCUCUUAUUCUAAUCCCAAUCAGUUUGCUAUUCAUAGUUUAGCGCAGAACCUGCUUUUCUCUAGACUAGGUAUAACAGAAAAUAUAUACCCUCUUCUUUUCUAGCUUCGUCACAGUUGGUUCUGAUCACAGUUUGUGCUAGCUAGCUUGAAGCUUUUGAUCCUAUAUUUAUGUUAAUUAGUGCCUUAGAGGGAGUUGAACCCUGUGGCUUUUGAGUCCAAUCCAAGCAAUGAAGAAUUUCUGGUUGUGUUCGAGUUUGCUGCUUGUGAUUCUGUCUCUGUUUCCUCCGAUCGCAACUGCUCAGUUAACAGCAACAGAGAGACGUAUCCUAUUCCAAGUUCAGAAGCUUCUAGAGUAUCCUCCUGCUCUGCAAGGAUGGUCGAACUGGACCAACUUCUGCUACCUUCCUCCUUCUUCAUCUCUCAAAAUCGUCUGCACCAACAAUCGCGUAACAGAGUUAACGGUCGUCGGAAACAAGUCCGCCCCAUCUCACCUCCCGCAAAGAAGUAUCAUCAUUUCUCAGCCGACUACUCUGUCGAGAAGCUUCUCCAUUGAUUCCUUCUUCACCGUCGUCACGAAGCUCUCCGGCCUCAAAGUCCUCACCCUGGUUGGUUUAGGCCUGUGGGGACCGCUGCCGGCGAAGAUCAACAGAUUUUGGUACCUGGAGCAGCUCAAUAUUAGUUCGAAUUUCAUCUCCGGCUCUGUUCCUGCUUCACUUGCUUCAAUGAAGAAUCUGAGGAGCAUCAACUUGGCAGAUAAUAUGUUCAAUGGGAGUGUCCCAGAUCUUAAGGGUUUGGCACUUCUUGAAGAGAUCAAUUUGGGGAACAAUCAUAUUGGACCUGCGUUUCCCUCAUUGGGAAAUAGCCUUGUAAGUCUCAUACUUAGAAACAACUCUGUGAGAUCUCAGAUUCCCAAAAUGUUGACCGGAUUUGAUCAGCUGCAGCAGCUGGACCUCUCCUAUAAUAACUUUGUUGGUCCAAUUCCUUCUUUCUUGUUCUCCCUCCCUUCACUUCAGUACCUAAAUUUGGCUCAGAACCAACUCACUGGGGCUCUUUCGGUGAACACAACUUGCAGUGCAAAGCUUCAAGUUGUGGAUGUUUCACAGAACCUUUUGAUAGGGGUACUGCCUUCCUGCAUUGGAUCAAAGUCGUCAAAUCGGACGGUUUUUGAUUCAUGGAACUGUUUGUCUAGUGGAGUGUCAAAGUAUCAGCAUACCUACAAGUAUUGUCACAAGGAGGCCUUGGCUGUUAAGCCUCCUGUUAAAACUCAACAGGAGGAGUCAAAAAUAAAGAUAGGAGUUGUGCUUGGUAUCAUUGGUGGCAUUGUUGGUAUUGCUGGAGUAAUAGGGUUGCUGAUUUUUGUCAUCAUCAAGAAAGUAGGAGAUAGGAAGAAAGAAGAUAAAUUUGACACCAGACCUCAUCUCGAAAAGUUUACGUUUCAAGCAUCCCAUAUGCCAAACUCAGAACUUAGAAGCUUUAUGAAGCUGAUUUUAUCUGCAUUUUUAAGGGCAUGUCCCCCAAAUGAUGAGGCUGCCAACCCUUGGCCUGCCACCGUAUCGUGUUUUCACAUUGAAGAAAUCGAGGAUGCAACGAACAAUUUUGAUGCUUCAAACCUAAUGGUUGAAGGAUCUCAAGGACAGGUCUACAGAGGCUGGGUUAGAGAUGGUGCAGGGGUACUAGUGAAAUGUGUGAAACUAAAGCAGAAGAAUAUGCCCCAAAACUUGGUGCAGAAUGUGGAAGCCUUGUCAAAGCUAAGGCAUAAGCAUUUGGUCAGUGUUCUUGGACACUGUACUGUCACUUUUCAGGACCCUCCUAAUACAGUUACCACUGUAUUCAUUGUUCUUGAAAACAUCUCAAAUGGGUCAUUGAGAGACCAUCUCACUGAUUGGAGAAAGAAAGACUGGCUGAAAUGGCCACAGAGAAUGGCUGUAACUAUUGGUAUUGCAAGGGGAGUUCAGUUCUUGCACACCGGGGUAGCACCCGGCGUCUUUGGAAAUAAUUUGAAGAUGGAAAACAUAUUGUUGGAUGAGAGUGUUUCUGCAAAGAUCAGCAACUAUAACCUUCCAUUUCAGCAGAUUGGUUCAGAGAGUCCUAAACCCAGUGCUGAAGCAGAGAAGGAAGAUAUUUACCAGCUGGGUGUCAUUCUGCUCCAAGUUCUUACUGGCAAGUUGGUCAAAUCAACAAGUGAACUGAAUGAGCUCAAGCUUGAGCUCGAGAAAGGCUUAGCAGAAGGGCAAUCGAGACUACGACUUGCAAUAGAUCCCUCUAUCCAGGGUAGUUUUGCAUACCAGUCGCUGAAGACCGCUGUCGAAAUCACCAUCAAUUGUCUGUGCAGAGACCCAAGCAAGCGUCCUUCAAUAGAUAAUGUUCUCUGGAAUUUGCAGUACGCAGUUCAGGUCCAAGAGGGAUGGACCAGCAGCGGCAACCUUAGUGCACAAAUGUAGUUAGUGUAGCCCUGUCUAUACAAAUAAAAUGUAAAUGCAGCUCGCAGCUCGCGUUGAUGUUUAGCACAAUUUCAAUACAACCAUAAAUUUCUCCCGAUCUUUCAUUG